UCCAGGGAGACGCUUCUGAAGCGGGGCGAGCGCUGAUCUUACGUAAAUGGUGCCGCUCCGGCGAGGGCCCCCCCCCCUGCCAGCCCCGGGCCGGGGGAGCGCCCCCGGGCGCCGCUCGCCCUGCCUAGCGGCCGGGCCCCUCGCCGCCGCCGCCGCAGCCCUGCCUGAGAUCCGCACGGGCGCCGGCACCGGCGCGGGCGAGCGGCAGCGGGCGGCCCCGUCCCCGGCGGGUUUCGGCGCCUCCGCGGACCGGCUGCGGGGAUGAUGCGGCGCGUCGGACCCCGCGGCGGGGAGGGCGCUAUGUCAGAGAGAUAACGCGCCUCCGCCCGCAGCCCGGGGGCAGUCUCGCUGCCAGCCCCCCCGGGACCCGGCUGCUGGGAGCCGCUCGCUUCUCGGCGGCCGGACUGGCCGCGGCGGUGGGGCCGGGGCGCGGCGGGGCGAGGCCCGGCGGGGCGGGGGAGCGGCGGCCGGCCGUGCCGGGGCACCCCGCCUGCGGGGGACAAGCGCCCGGGAGGCUGAGGAGCACAGGCAGCAGAGGCGGGGAGGAGGAGGGCAGCGCCAUGACUCAUUUGCAGGCAGGUCUCUCCCCGGAGACUCUGGAGAAAGCCCGGCUCGAGCUGAACGAGAACCCCGACACCUUGCACCAGGACAUCCAGGAGGUGCGGGACAUGGUGAUCACCCGGCCCGACAUCGGCUUCCUCCGCACCGACGAUGCCUUCAUCCUGCGGUUCCUGCGGGCCAGGAAGUUUCAGCACUUCGAGGCGUUUCGCCUCCUGGCCCAGUACUUUGAAUAUCGCCAGCAGAACCUGGACAUGUUCAAGAGCUUCAAGGCCACCGACCCGGGCAUCAAACAGGCGCUGAAGGAUGGUUUCCCCGGUGGGCUGGCCAACCUGGACCACUACGGCAGGAAGAUCCUCGUCCUUUUUGCUGCUAACUGGGACCAGAGCAGGUACACACUGGUGGAUAUUUUGCGUGCCAUACUUCUUUCUUUAGAAGCCAUGAUAGAAGACCCCGAGCUUCAAGUGAAUGGAUUUGUUUUGAUUAUAGACUGGAGCAACUUCACCUUCAAGCAGGCCUCCAAGCUCACACCAAGCAUGCUUAGAUUAGCCAUAGAGGGCCUUCAGGACAGCUUUCCAGCUCGGUUUGGAGGAAUACAUUUCGUCAAUCAGCCGUGGUACAUCCAUGCCCUCUACACAGUUAUACGGCCCUUUCUAAAGGAGAAGACACGAAAAAGGAUAUUCCUGCAUGGGAAUAACCUCAACAGCCUGCAUCAGCUAAUACACCCUGAGAUCCUGCCUUCAGAGUUUGGAGGGAUGUUGCCCCCCUAUGACAUGGGGACAUGGGCAAGAACACUGCUCGACCAUGAAUAUGAUGAUGACAGUGAAUGCAAUGCGGACUCCUACAACACUCCUGCAAAGGAUAUAGAAAAGGACCUCUCUCCUAAAUCCAUGAAAAGGUCUCAGUCGGUUGUGGAUCCUGGGGUGCUGAAACACAUGGAUAAGAACGAGGAAGAUAACAUGCAGCCUUUGCUUUCACUUGACUAACAGUUCCUGAGCGUCGGACAUGAACUGAGGUGGAAGGCAUUGCCUCUCAGCAACAAGCAAACCAUUGGGAAAGAGUGUACUGGCUGGAACCCUAUUUACUCAUGUUAAUGUAGCAUAAUGGCAGCAGGCAUCAAGUUUUACUGUUCUGCCUGAAUUCUGGCUGCCCUUCGGUGAAAAAGAAGAGGAGGAAAAAGGAAAAUAAUAAUAAAAAAAAAUAAAGAGGAAUCAAUAAUUUAUUCUGUAAGUGCCAACUUGUUUGUAAAUACAAUAUAAUCCUCUGAUUUGACUUUGUAAGUUAUGGUAAACAAAUGCUAUGGAAAUGAGGGACUAUUAAAUAUGUCAGUGAAGUGCACCAUAAAAAAGAGAAAAAAAAAGUGUGCAUGCACGCACACAUACACACACACACACAAAAUAACACAUACUGGACAAAUAAAAAUAUCAAAGCCAAUUAAAUGUUGUCCUUCUCAUAGGAAGCCAUAUUGCAGCUAGUGUAUUGACUGCUGUUUUGUUUUCUCUCUGCAAUGCUCAUGUAAUGUGCAAAGAUAAAGAGGGAAUACAAGAACUUGGAGAUGCUGUAAUCAGUAGAAUAUUUCCUAACUGUGGGAACUGAUUUCCCAAAUAACAUUGUGGAUUAGGGUUGUGAAUUAGCAUAAAUCAUGUAGCAUUGUGAAAAAGAUAACAGAUGAGCUGGAACCAACUCUUUGAUAGCUUUGUUGUUGGGCUGUAUGGCUCUGUGAGGUUUCUUCCUUAAUUUUCAUUUACAGUUUGCAAAUAACCAGGCUUGUUACCCUAAUCUGGGUGCUGUAAUGUGGGACACACUGGGAUUACUUCUCUUGCAUUUUGGGUGCAUGUGAAGAAUUUUUCCAGAACUCUGUUCUCCCUUGGAAUGAGGCAGUAGCCCUCCAAAUACAGCAUAAUAACCAUUGUUUGAAAGUAAAGCCUGGCAGCAGAGGUCAAAACUUAAUCACUGAAUCCUGUGCACUGGGAAACUGGAUACAUAUAUACAUUUCUACCAAUCUCUGACAAACAUACAAGGUGACAUUGUUAGACAAGUAUAUUUAAUUGAAGGUUUAUACAAGAAAUCAUACUUAUUCAAUGUACUUAGAUAUAUUAUAGAUUGUGUAUUGAGACAAUGUCAUUAUUAAUAUAGUAAAACUUUCCAUAGAACAACAGCAUUCCACUCCAAGCAAGGAUUAAUAUGAAUAAGUUGCAGUCAAACAUCUCAGCCUAUGUGUUUAGGACAAUUUUGUUUUUGUUGUAGUGUAACUGUAUAUAUUGAACAUGUGCCAUAAUAGAGAAAUACAUUUUACCUCAAAAGGGCAACAGGUUUCACUAGGGAUUGGGUAAAUCAGCUGAAACGCAGGGGCUGUGCCAUCUUUGUGUGCUGACUGACGCGUGUGCAGCCUGUUGUAUGCUGAGGCAAGAAUGUCAUUUCUUGUUAGGACUUAACAGCAAUCUGUGUGAGAAGACACAGGGUGCCUGCCAAGACAUCUGAACAGUUAUUGUAAGAGCGUGUCUGGGCAACGCAGGGUUUAGUUAAGAAUACACUGACCACAGCGGAGGAGACAGUUCCCAGGAGCCCCACCUCCCAAGCGCCAGAAUUUAAAGAAUUUCUUCCAUCACUUCAGUGACCACUGAAGUUUCAAAGUCACCAGUUGCAGGUCACCUCUCCUCGCCCAGGGUGACUGCAGCUGUAAGAGUUAGUAGGCUGGGGUGAGUUAAGAGGGAGUGGAGAGUGAAACCUGGAAGUGAGUCGUCUCAGAGUUUAGCUGUAACUCCUGUGGGGACAGCUUUGGCGUUUCUCAGGGCUGAGACAACCCUGUCUCUUCCAGCAUCACCCUUGAUUAGCCCAGGCAGCACACAGAUAAAGCUUUCCCACAUCGCAGUUCGUUAGCAACGCUGAUAAAUAGCGUAUGCCCCACCACCCCAUUGCAUUGCAGGAAUUUGUCUGAACAAGUCAUCGCCUUUCUGCUCUCCUAAUUCUGUUUUCAUGGUAUGUGUUAUGAAAUGUAAAGAGAAAAGAUACGGAGCCUGAACAUCUUUUCAGUCUGUCCUACAAGUUUUCAGUAGUAGAAACUGUUGUAGUACCACUUGUAUGGUUUAAGAAACUUGAAAGAUUAGUGAAUUCUUAGAUACAACUUUAUUCAGUCCUGUUUUUCACAUUCCUUGUAACAUCAUGCUGGAUAGGGGAGAUGUGUCUCAAGGGUUUGCAUAAGUGCCAUAUUUGAAUGUAUGUUAUAUAUGCCCACACUUAUGGAUAAUAGAAUAGUAUAUUGCCAUCAAUCUGAUUUUUAAGUCCUUAUCAGAUAAAACUCUAAUAUCAGUAGAAAUUUUCUCCUUUUAAGGGCUUCAGGACUUAGUCAGUAUUCCAGAUGUAUGCAAACUGUGACACAGUGGUGAUCAGAAUCUUCAUGGAUGCUUUUGGAUACGUGGGCCAAAUGGUGUAAACCAGAAUAAUGCUGAUUUUAGAGUACACCAGCUGUCUGGUCAGAAAAUGCAAAUGCCUCUUACAUACCCACAGACCAUCUUUGUAGGAAAGUGUGCCUGCUCAACUGUCUGAAGCUUAAGCUUCAUCAGUUUGUUUUGUUUGCAAAUCCUUUAUUUAUACACUUAGUUGUAAUUUAUGUAAUGUUUUCUGAUGCCUGAUUUCAGCUUCAAGUUAAUGAGUAUUAAUAUAUUCUUUCCAGAGAAUGAAAGUAGGAUAUAUUCUAAUUUUGUGUAACUGAGACCUCAUCCUUCACCACAAAGAAAACUACUUUUUCAGUAAGAUUUUCACUUUUAAAGAGUUGGGCUACAGGUCUUCUUGGCUGCAGCUUUUAUUUUGCUGAAGCAAAUUCUGGCAGUGCUAACUGCAGUUGUGACAUCGGUUAAGAACAUGGAAAUGUGUAAGAAAAAUAAUUAUCCUUUACAUGCUCUUGGUAUUCUUUGAAGGCAUUUAUCUUUUACACAUCAGGGUGAACAAAGGAUUUUCGCCUUUCCCUUGCUUCUUGUAGAAAAUCUUUGUAGGUAGGUCAAUUUUUAAUAGAUUAAAUUUGGACUGAAAACUUUUUCCAAUCUUUAUUAUCAUAGGAAUUGAUGUCUAAUUUUUAUAGCAGAAUUGAAGUGCUAAAAAUGGAUUUCAAAUGCUUGGGAGGAAUUCCUCUUAAUUUCUUACCUUUGUUGUGUAUUGGGUAGUAUAAACAUUGUUGUAAUUAUGCAUGCCAAUAUGCAUAUAAAACAAAUAUCUUGCAAUACGAGGAACUUAGUGGAAAAACUAGAUACACCUGUCCAAGCAACUAAGUGAAAAAAAGGGGAAGAAAAAAAAAAAAGUGUAAAAAUUGAUGUUUCAGGCCUUUGGCAAAAUCAAAAAAUAUCCCCUUACAUGAUGUCUCUUCCAUGAAACAUAUGUUUAAUAAUAUAUGGAAAAAUUUUGGAAACUUCCAUGCCCAAAGCCUUCCUGCUGUAAUCAGAGAUGUCAGUAGUCUCUUGGCUUUAUAAAGACAGGUAUCAGUCCCACUAAGGUCCAAGAAAUACAAAGGCUCCCAAUAGUUAUUAGUUGUAAAAUAGCUUUAAGAUGUCUUUACAGAAAUGUAAAUUUACUGUAUAGCAUAUUUAAAAAGACGUUUUGCACUCCACAAACAUGCUAUGCCUAGUAACAAGAGAUAUUUGUAGAGACAUACAUAAACUACACAUGGAAUUAAGGAAAACAGGAGUAGAAGGGACCUCAAUAGGUCAUUGAUACAUGGAGGCGCAGAUUCACUUUAACGGCUCUCUUAAAGAAUUGUUUUAGCUCGGUACCUUGCAUGCAAUGCUCUUUGUAUUAUUUAAUCACAGUCACAGCAAAGCCUAAGCACAUUACCUGACAAAAUUGUAACCUGACAAUAUUUUGUUUGUACCUUUUAUUAUUUACCUGUUCUGUUUGGGAAAUUAAAAAGUUUGCUAUAUGUCAGAGCUACCAUUUAGAAUUACCUGCGAAACACAUUGCAAUAAGCAUGGGUUAUGUCCCUGUUAUAUUGUCCUUGUUAUUAUCAGCAUAUGUGUUCAUCAAGAUUUUUGAAAAAGUCAUAUUUGAAAGAGCAUAGAAGAGAGAAAAAUUCAAAAUCAGGCUUCAGGAUUUUGUUUAGAAUAUUAAAAUGGGGUGGAGGCACUGAGUUUGGUUUUGAUAAUCUUUAUUUGCCUAUGGGGAAUGUCCUGCUGAGUUAUCAACAGGAUUGGGUAGCAGGACAAAUUUGGAAGGUAAAUAUCAAUAUGAAAGGCAAGAACAAAGGUCUCAAAGGAUUGUACUGAAAAAUCACUUAAUCAUGUGGCUAGCUGUGUCGUGUCCUUCUAAAGCAAGGCGUUUUUCACGUAGUUUAUGAGCAUUUAUUUGUGGUGCUGAGGAUAGUACUUUUGUCCACAAAGUUGAAAGCACACUGAAAUCAAGAAAAUAAGUUACUGCAUUUCCCAGGUAGCAAAACAGAAACAUAGCUGCUUAGAGACAUUAUGAAAUCUUGAAGACAUUUACAUUGUGUUUAUAUACAACAAAAAUGACACUUUGAUCACUCAGUCUGGUUUGAACUGCAGGAGAGAAAAUAACGUGUCGCUGUUUUGUAUAAGAAGAAUGUCUGGUUGUUGAUUCAGUCAUGCCUAGUUUUUUUAGAAACCUAUCUAAAUCUUUUACCAUGAGACUUUUAGAAACCAGGUGUGGUCUGCUUUCCUGUGGAGUUAAAACUGAAUGUACAUUUUACCAUUUCUGCUAAGGAAACUGUGAAAAGGGAUUAUGUCCCCCAAAUGAAAUGCCUGUCUCCCUUGUAUAAUGAUGGAAAGAAGACCCCCAAAAGGAAAUCUUGGCUGCACAGUAAAAAAUUCUGAACUUGGUCAGGGAGGAUCUCCUUUUGAGGGCCUUGAAAGAUACUUACUUCCCAUUAACUAUACAAGGAAUGCUGGCAUUUUAUUUCAGUGAAUAUUUAUUUAUUUCAGUGACCACAAAUGAAAAUGCAAGCUGGGCAGAUAGGACUCCACAUCUUGUAUUGCCUUGUAACCUUGAACCAUCCCAUGUCAAGGGUCUGUAUUUAGCACAUUGACUUGAACAUACCCUUCAGUCUGCUUUUCAGCUUUCAGUUGUGCAGGAAUGUUUUCCUGUCAGCUUUGGGAUCUUAAUUUCUUCCCUUCGUAUGGGUCUGUUGCCACAAAACGGCAUUGACCCCUGUUGGAUUGCACAAUUUGAAAAGUGAUUUUGUUGUUAAAAUAUAACAACGUGUGGUAUGCUGCAUAGUGGUGAAGUUGAAACAUAGGUCACAAGGCUCCCCCUACUUUGUCACUCGUUCUCCAGUGCUCUGUGUGUGUAACUGCUUUAAACUGAUAACAGACAUGUCAGACUCGCAUAAUAGGAGUUUAAAAAGAGAGAAAAAAAAGUGAGUUUCUGCAGUGCGUUGAGAACCUGAGUUUAUGGUAUCACUGUGGAAUCCAAACAGAGAGGAAGCACUGCACACAGGCAAAAUAGAGACACCUCCAAGGGAAGAUGCUGAUGUUUCCAUGUGGUGCAUAUUUUUGUUAAAACAUGACCAAAGUAUUUUGUCUGUGGGGACCAUGAUCAGCCUGUUGUUUCUGAAUCGGUCACUUACAACUAGUCCUCUCUAAUAAAGGUGUAAUAAAGCUUCCUUUUGCUUUUAGUGGAGAAUUCAUUUCCAGAGAAUUGGCAUGUCUGUCAAUUUGCAGCAGGCAAGUGGUGGGGGUUAAUUACAAUUUUUGUCUGAUAUGGAAAUGCUUCUGUGAUUCCUUAAAGAGGCUGCCGCAUCAUGAGCAACACACAGCAGUGCCUAAAGGCAGGCAUCUGAAAUCAGGUCCCUUGGUUAAUAAAAAUUUAAGGGGAGAAAAAAGCAAGGGAAAAGAUAAUAGAAGAUGAUAAAACACAAUAAUUAAAAUAAAAACCAGAAACAAGGCUGCAAAUAAAAGCCAUAUGAAUGGCAAAAAUGAUGUGAGGGAAGUUGUAUGGAGGCUUCCAAAAAAGUGAACCAGUAGUCUAUCGUGUGUUCCCCAUCUACGUUAUGAGCAGAAUUCCCUUUUUUCACAUGGUCUACCUUGUACAGCCAUGGUGGAGUUUCCUGUGUCUAUAGAGUUAUGAUGUGAAAUUGUAGGUGCAGUAGUUGAGCUUGUGAACAUGGUUUAAUGGAUUAGUGCAUGCCACCAGAUCUUCAUCUGGAGAUGGGCCCCAACCAGGUACUCAAAGGAAUAUGUGAAAUGCCAUGUCCUGCCUGGCUGAAGAAGUCAUGCAGGGAGAGAAGGAAAGAGCUGUAUGUCCAUAAGUAAUGGUGAAAUGCCUAUGGAGAAAACAACAGCAGGGAGCUGGAGUGAACUGAUCUGUCAUUUUAAUAUCAGGAUGAGGGAGGCUUUCACUUGCCCUGUAAUGUAAGAGAGGGCUUACAUACCCCACCACACAUCUGUCAUCAGAAAGGAGAGAGAGCAUCUUUCUCUCUUGCCAACACAAACUUGCUUUUGAUGUAUUUAAACCUGAUGUAUAUGUCAGGUCUAAACAGCCUCUGCUGCUGCUGUUUCCACAGUGGUUCUUGGGAUGUGGGUACCAUGUAGCAUUCAGGAGCUGGAAAGCUAAUGUUCAGCAGCCUGUCCAUAGGAAGAGAAGAGAGGGAUGUAUUCUGUAAGUCCCUGCUGCAAAGAUCAUGUGGGAGAAUUCAGUGCUUGCUCAGAUUAAAGCCCGUCUUGCCCUGACAUCAAUAUUGGUGCCUACUCUGUGUAGAAGGCUGUGAGUGUAAGCAGCGUGGGAAUCUCUCCUGUGCACCUCGGUGUCUUGCGCUAAUUAUGCAGCCUUUGAGCUGUAGCUGGUGGUCUGUGUUCUGUGUCUUUAAACAGUUCUGCUGGUGAUGUUAAUUGUAUCCAUUAGUCACUCAGAGUGGAGAUGAUUUAAAGGAAACUGACAACUUUAAGCAUUACAAUUAAUGUCUAAAAAUAUUAAAAUGGUGAUGGUUAUAAGUAAUGCCUAAGAUUAUGAUAACUAAAGAGUUUCAGGGUUUGGUUGCAUUGUAUCCUUGAUGGGACUUAGUGUAUAAUCACUUUCCCUUAAAUACAGUUUUCCCUGAGGUUCAUGUGCAUCUUCCAUGCAUCAGUGGCAGAAGGAAUUGAAUAGUAGAAAAUGUGACUGUAAACCUAUUAAUAUAUUAGAGAGGUACAUAUAGAAUACCUGACACUAUUAAAAAAAAAAAAAUGUCUCUUUUAAAUCAUUUAGUUCUCUAGCUCUUUCAUCCUAUGGACUGUUGUAUGAAAUGUGUCCUACAAAACUUCCCCAGUCUGCAUCCUGUCUUCUCCUACUCCCUUGCAUUCAACAACAUCCUGUCUUCUGUCCAUACUUUAUUCUAUGAAUGACUGGAGAAAACUGUAAAAAACCCCAACACCCUGAUAAUCUGCAGACUAGAGCUUGAGGACCACUAUUUUAAAUAUUUCCCUUGUACAAAUCUCUGGUAACAGGGUGAAAUGGAAAAUGAGAGCAACAGCUGACCUCAUCACAGAGGAAUAAUAAUAAUAAAAAAGACUCUGGCUAGGAGUCCGCACAGGUGUAGACAGACAGUCAUCUGAGACAGCUCUUGUCAUUUAAGAUGCUACCUUCCCCUGACUGUUAGUUACCACUCUUCAGGUAGGGACUACUGCCCCAAAAUUUAAGCAACAGCAGAUUAUGGAAGUGCUCCUGUCCCAAUGAAGGUUGUGCACAACUCACGCUAACUUUGUUGAUUCUGCAUUCAUGCAAGUGUAAAAGCACUCACGUAAUCUAUUAAUACAACUCUGUUACGAGAAUACUGAUUAACAGCUAGCUAUGGCGACAUCUAAAAUUGCUAGAUUGGCUAUCUGUGCCUUAAGGCUCUUGUGUUCUGUAAUACUUGCAUAGCGGUAACUACUGAAUAAAUUUUCUUUUCAUGCAGCAAUCUACUGUGGAGCCUUAUGGAAAAUACUAUAGCAAAAUAUCAAAAAUUCAAAAAUUAAAUUACAGGAGUAAUUUGCAAACAGUGCUUGUAUCCUCAGGAGAAAAUUUGUUUGUUUCUCAGUUUAGUACUGUUAGGACUCAGGGGGUCUGAGAUUUGUAAAGCCAGGACAAGUCUAUCAAUCACGUUCUCUCUAUGUAUAGUUUCAAUAACUAUUCUCUUUUCACAACUUGUCAGUUUGAAUUUUAUUCUUGGACCUAGUAAGAUGGUUACUUUUGGUCUGUUGUGUUCCAACCUAAAAUCUGAAGAUUAAGCAACUUUGUGAAACAUGUCACUCUUUAUAUUGUAUAUUUAAAUAUCAUCAGUUCUCUGUGAUCAAUGGGCUGCUUUGGAGAGUACUACUACUUUAAAUCAUUGUUGAUUACUGAGGAAGAAUGACAUUCUGUUAAAUAAAAUAUGACCAAAUGAAAAUUAAAAUACAUAUAUAUUUUUGUGUUUGUA